AUGCACCCGGUGAAGAAGCGGGCCGUCCGCAUGGUGCUCAUCAUCCUGGCCAUCAUCGUGGUGCUCUGUGGGCCUUAUAUUGAUGAUCAGUGUCCACAACUGGAGCGACUCUGGCCUGUGGGGUCAAUCCAGAGCAGUGGAGUCUCCAAACUGCCGCGGGAGGUGCAGCUCGGUCCCGCUGAAGUGCAGGGAAGCUGGGGUUAG